GUGUGCAUUCUGAGGACCGAGGGCUGCGGAACGGAGGUCGAGGCUUACAGCCGGUAACGGUAGCGCUUGUUGUUUUUUUCAUCCAGAGCUUUAUUAUUUUGGCCAAGAUGGACGAGAUGGAAGAGGAGCUGAAGUGUCCGGUGUGCGGCUCGUUUUUCCGCGAGCCCAUCAUCCUGCCGUGCUCGCACAACAUCUGCCUGGCUUGCGCUCGGAACAUCUUGGUGCAGACGCCGGACGCUGAGUCGCCUCAGAGCGCUCGCGCCUCGGGCUCCGCCGCGUCCGACUAUGACUACCUAGACCUGGACAAGAUGAGCCUGUACAGCGAGGCGGACAGUGGCUAUGGCUCGUACGGAGGCUUCGCGAGCGCGCCCACUACACCGUGCCCUAAGUCCCCCAACGGGGUGCGCGUGUUCCCGCCGGCCGCGCCGCCCCCCCAGCAGCAGCAGCACCACCUGCUGCCUCCGACGGCCGCCCCCGGUGCGCCUCCUCCUCAUCCGCAUCCUCAUCCUCCCGCCAUGAUGAUGAUGAUGAUCCCGCGCAACGCGUGCCUCACGUGCCCGCAGUGCCACCGCAGCCUGACGCUGGACGAGCGCGGCCUCCGCGGCUUCCCCAAGAACCGGGUGCUUGAGGCGGUGGUGGAGCGCUACCAGCAGAGCAAGGCGGCGGCGCUGCGCUGCCAGCUCUGCGAAAAAAGCCCGCGCGAGGCCACGGUGCUGUGCGAGCAGUGCGACGUCUUCUACUGCGACGCGUGCCGCGUGCGCUGCCACCCGCCGCGCGGCCCGCUCGCCAAGCACCGGCUCGUGCCACCCGCGCAAGGACGCAUCAGCCGCCGCGCGAGCCCGCGCAAGACUUCUACGUGCACGGAGCACGAACUGGAGAACCUCAGCAUGUACUGUGUGCAGUGCAAGACGCCCGUGUGCUACCAGUGCCUGGAGGAGGGCAGGCACUCCACGCACGAGGUCAAGGCGCUCGGGGCCAUGUGGAAACUGCACAAGGAGCAGCUCUCUCAGGCACUGAAUGUUCUGUCGGAUCGAGCCACUGAGGCCAAAGAGUUCCUUGUUCAGCUCAGAAACAUGGUGCAACACAUACAGGAGAAUGGAGUUGAAUUUGAAGCCUGCCUGGUUGCUCAGUGUGAUGCAUUGAUUGAAGCUCUGAACCGCAGAAAAGCUCAACUACUGACCAGAGUCAACAAAGAGCAUGAACAUAAACUCAAGGUGGUGCGUGAUCAGAUCUCUCACUGCACGGUGAAGUUGAGGCAGACGACGGGGCUGAUGGAGUACUGUCUGGAGGUCAUCAAGGAGAAUGACCCCAGUGGCUUUUUGCAGAUCUCCGAUGCACUUAUUCGUAGGGUGCACAUGACCGAGGGCCAGUGGGGUAAGGGUACUCUCACACCUCGUAUGACCAGCGACUUUGACCUGACCCUGGACAGUGGCCCACUGCUACAGACCAUUCAACAGUUGGACUUUGUUCAGAUGAAGGUCCCUGCAGCUCCAAUACUGCAGCUGGAGGAGUGUUGUAGUCAGACCAACAGUGCCACUCUGUCCUGGAAGCAACCGCCACUCUCUACCAUUGCAGUGGAUGGCUACAUACUGGAGCUGGACGAUGGCAGUGGAGGGCAAUUUAGAGAAGUGUACGUUGGCACAGAGACUAUCUGCACAGUGGAUGGACUUCACUUCAACAGCACAUAUAAAGCACGUGUUAAAGCCUUUAACUCCAGUGGCGUUGGGCAGUACAGCAAAAUACUGGUCAUGCAGACUUCUGAGACCGGACACCCCCCAUGUGAUAUUAAAUCUCUAGCUACAGUUGCUUGGUUCACAUUUGACCCUGCGUCAGCCCACCCUGACAUCAUACUGUCCAACGAUAACCUGACCAUCACAUGUAAUAGUUAUGAUGAUCGCGUUGUCAUGGGCAACACAGCCUUCUCCCGCGGUUUGCAUUACUGGGAGAUAACCAUUGAUCGCUAUGACAACCAUCCGGACCCUGCAUUUGGGAUUGCACGGGGUGAUGUGCUGAAGGACGUGAUGCUGGGAAAGGAUGACAAAGCCUGGGCCAUGUAUGUGGACAACAACCGCUCCUGGUUCAUGCACAACAACUCCCACACCAACAGAACGGAUGGAGGGAUAGGUAAAGGAGCGACAGUGGGUGUCCUGUUGGAUUUUGCACGAGGGAUUCUGUUAUUCCUCAUCAAUGAUGAGCAGCAGGGUCCCAUAGCCUUUGACUCCCUGGAGGGUCUUUACUACCCCGCUAUUAGCCUCAACCGCAAUGUUCAGGUGACUCUUCACACUGGGCUGCCCAUUCCAGACUUCUACACUCCAGGAGAGUCAGACCCUUCAGGCUCCGUCUGCUGAAGACACACACACACACACACACACACACACACACACACACACACACAUACACACACACAAACAGAUACUGUAUAUGACUGGAUAAGAAAAUCCACACAGAAAUAUUCUGUUUUCCAUGUAAAGUGCUGGGGUGGCUGAGGUGUUAAAAGGGAAAUUCAACCAGCUUUUCAAAAUUCCUGCAUAAUUCAGUGGAUAAACAAAGUCAUUCAGGAUGGUUUAAUGUUUAAUGCUCUAUUCUAGGGAAACAUACUCACUCAUACUGACAGAUUUCUUUACAGUGGUGGUGAUAGGAAGCAGGGGUCAUAUUGUCAGGAUAUUUACAAAACACACACGCACACACAUGCACACAUGCACACACACACACACACACACACACACAUUUUCUAAGCCACUUCUCCCUCAGGGUCGCGGGAUUUACAAAACAAAUACAGCCAUUUUAUUUACUGUCCAAAAUAAUCCAGUAAACCUACAUGUGUGCUUGUAAGUUAUGUUGGUAACGGUAAAAUAGUUGUAAAUCUGGAAAAAGAAGUUUUCUUUGGGGUUAAUUUUACAUGUACCCCUCCACCUUGAAUGUAUCUCAAGACUACCUUAAAAUAUCCUACAAUCACCACCACUGCAAAUGAUUUUCACUCAAUAUGUUUCUUGAGAGCAGAGCAUUUAAUCAAACAGCUCUGAUAGACUCUGAGUUGCUUUGUCAGAUUCACAUGAAACCUUUACUUAAACUCACCCUCUUUCAUAAUGGCCAACAGAGGGAGCCAUAGAGAAGACUACUUUCAUAGAGAAUACUGCACUUUCGUUAGAGAGAGAGCAAGAGAAGGUGAGAGAGAGAGAGAGAGAGAGAGAGAGAGAGAGAGAGAGAGAGAGAAGGAAAGACCUCCGUGAUGAUGCCAGAAAACCUCUUUUUUUGAGAAAACUAAAUGAUCAUGUGGUCAGCUGAAGUAGCGGUUCAUGCUGCAGUGGCAUUAAAAAAAUGAGAACAUUCGCCUUAUGGACUAUUCCAGUCUGAUGUGACUGCAAGAAGUGUGGAGGAACUUAACAUGUAAACUGAAAUUAGACAAGAAAGUCAGACAAAGUGGUUCGUUUUUUAUUGUUUAUGCUGCCAUAUUAUCAACUUCAUGUGAAGCAUUUCAGGUCACAGGCAGCCUAAAGACUUGCGUCAAUUUUAUGGAAUCACUGGUCCUGCUGUUAUUUUGACGAAGGUUAACUGGCAUGUGGCUAAGCCCAUUUUAUAUGAAUGAGAGCAGUCUCCACCCAUUUACUCAAAGCACGGCUAGCAUGCCACAAAUGCAGGACAUGCCUCAAUGUGCUGACGCAAGAAAAACUGAAUACCCCAUUCUCUUUCUCUCUCAUUCUUCUCUCUCCUGAUCUCUUAAUCUUAAUAAUCUUUAACGAUUGGUCACUUUAUCUAACAGAGCAACCACAAAGCCCUAAAGACCAAUCACGAAACAGACUGGUAUCCAGACAACCACUACUUUACACUGAUUUUAUUAUUAUUAUUAUUGUUAUUAUUAUUGUUAUUAUUAUUAUUAUUACUGCAGUCUUGUCGGUGCUAAAGCAUAUAGACUUGUGACUCUGUUCCUGUAAGCAACAGAGUCCAGGCAGAUUUUGUACUUUUAUUCAUGAUCAAAUAUUCUGUGCAGACGUCAAUAUGUGUACAGAUAAAUCUGUAGAGAGUAUAGGAUUAUGAUUCUCAUACAGCUCAAUUUUAUGAUUUUACCAUGUCAAUUAAGUUCAGUAUGAUGUGAAAGGGAAACUUGUGCAUGUUACGCUGACUGAAAUGUCUGUACGGGCUUUUUUUGGGGGAGGGGAUUUGAGGACAUGUGGCCCUCACACACAACACACUCACAAACUACACACAGUUUGCCAGAACACUAUACCCAGUUAAUCAGUACACUACACAAAGAUUAACAGUACACAAAAUACAGUUUAAUGGCAUAUAGCGCACAAUUUAAUAGAACACUACACACAGGUUAACAGUGCACUACACACAGGUUAACAGUGCACUACACACAGUUUAACGCUACACACAGAUCAGAGGUACAAUACACAAGGCUAAUAAAAACACUAAGGGUUGUUUUCUGGAUUUUCUGGAUUAAUGCUGGGAAGUGGAAAGUUGAGGUUCAGAAUUACGUCAGUUUCAACCUCUGCAUAUUUGAGCUCUGACGUCUGAAAAAAUGCAGCUGCCUCCAUAAAAGCAAGCACUGUUAGCAACAUUUUAGCCGGGUAAUGCUAAUGAUAUGAACGACAACUUUAACAUUCAUUAUGCAUUUACCUUCUCAAAACGGCAAACUUUAUAGUCAGUGUUAUAGACUUAACCAACUACUAUGUCCGUAUAUUGACUACUCUAAAGCAAAUUUAUCUUAAAUUGAGAGAAGUUGUAUUUUUGAUUGUUUAUAUAUGGAGUUCAUGAACUCAGAGUUAUGAGAUCUAAUCAAAUGCAGCAUAAAUCCUGGACUACAUUUCGUUUCAGUGGACAGUCUCCUUUCAGUAUGCCAUGUAGUUUAGCACUUGGCUUGACUGAAGCUUGUAACUCGGAAUUUCCAAUUUCCAACUAAGAAAAAUUAAAUGCAGUUCCCCCUCAGCUGGGAAUUCCUACUCAGAAAGUCAUGAUGGUGUUCUCAACUCUGCGCUCAGUACAUGAUGUCAAAUCAGCAUGGCUGUGAACAGAGAACUAAUAAAGAAUUACUUUUCUACUUUUAAAUGAUUUUUGCUUUAGAGUAGUUAACUUACAGGUACAGUACUUGGUUAUAUUUAUAACACCCAGCAGAAAGAAGGUAAAAACAUUAUAAAUGUUAAAUUGAUUCAUUUCACUGAUGUUAACUGGCUAGCCUGUUGUUAACAGUACUCACAAUCAUCAAGGUCUCUUGUGUUUUUCUCACUUUGUAGAUUGUAUUCACAGAGGUCAAAAUGGGGCAAUUCUGAGCUCCUGACGUUCAGAGCACAGCAUAAUCCCUUUGCGGUGAACUGACCCCAAGACUGAUUUUUUUUAUCAGACUUGAAAAACAACAUUCAUACUUUAGAGCCUAACCUCUUAUCCUAUUGUGCCCUCUUACAGGAACUAUCACAUGCUGUCAUGGUGAAUCAUCUUCACCAUGUUUAAUGAGGACAGUUUGUGUCUGUCUAUGUGUAACACACGCACACACACACACACACACACACACACACUGCAUGCACACUCACAUACACAAUAGUCCCUCCUGCAGACCAACACAUUCGGACAAAACAGCAGAGGCUUUCAUUUACAGUCAAACACACAGCUAUCCCAUCAGCCUUAUAUAACUCAUCAAUCAGUGUGCAGAAAAAUAAAUACCCCAUACACUCUCUCUCUCUCUCUCUCUCUCUCUGCCCCCAUUUGUUACUGCCUCAGAGCUGUACAGGCAUAUUGCUAAACUUAAAUGAAAACUCGGUGCUGCUUCUGUUUAUAUGUCUGAAAACUACAGUAGAAUAUAUAAAUAUAUAUUUGUGUUUAUUAACUGCAAUAUGUAACGGCACAGCUGUAAAUCCAAAAAGAAAAUUCAUGAACUGGCAAUAUGCCCUGUGUUCUGGAAGUGUGAGAAGACUCUAGAUGUGGAUGUGGGCUGUUCCUGGCUGCUAUGCUCUGGUGCAAUGAGACAUAGGCCUCCUGUCUCUUUUUACAUAGACCUGUGUAGCUUGCUUAAGAAAAUGAAUUUCUGACCCCACCGACAAACUCACUGACCCGAGGCCUUUCCUCAGCCU